CUCCUCCUCCUCCUCCUCCUCCUUCCUGGCGGGGGUGUCGCCCCUUGGGGAGGGCCCCAUGGGCUGAGAGGAUGCCGGUCCGCCGCGGGCACGUGGCCCCCCAGAACACCUUCCUCGACACCAUCAUCCGCAAGUUCGAGGGGCAGAGCCGCAAGUUCAUCAUCGCCAACGCCCGGGUGGAGAACUGCGCCAUCAUCUACUGCAACGAUGGCUUCUGCGACCUGUGCGGCUACACGAGGGCCGAGGUCAUGCAGAAGCCCUGCACCUGCGACUUCCUCUACGGCCCUUGCACCCAGCGCACCGCCGCCGCCCAGAUCGCCCAGGCCCUCAUGGGCUCCGAGGAGCGCAAGGUGGAGAUCUCCUUCUACCGCAAGGAUGGCAGCUGCUUCCUGUGCCUGGUGGACGUGGUCCCGGUGAAGAACGAGGAUGGGGCCGUCAUCAUGUUCAUCCUCAACUUCGAGGUGAUGAUGGACCGGGACCUGCUGACCAGUCCGGUCAAGAACACCAACCACUGGGUCUCUCCGGCCGCCUGGCUCCCCACAGGCCGUGGGAAGUCCUUCCGCCUGAAGCUGCCUGCGCUGCUGGCCUUGGCGGGGAGCAAGCAGUCUCUGCCGCAGGACCCGGACCCGGAGGGGGCCUCAGUGCUGGUGGCGGACUUCUCCAAGCGAAGCAGCGAGACGGUGGCGCUGGACGAGGUCACGGCCUCCCUGGACAACCACUGCCUGGGCUGCGGGGGCCCCGAGGACCAGCAGGCCCUAAUGGAGCCCCAGGAAGAGGAGGAGGAGGAGGAAGAGGAGGAGGAGGAAGACCAUGAAGCGGAGGAGGGCAGCGAUGGAGGAGGCGGCGGAGGUGGAGGUGGGGGCGGUCGGCUAGAGCCCCCCGUGACCCAUUCCUCACCCCGCACGGAGAAGGCUCGCCUCAGCCUGGAGGCUUCUUUCUCCAACUGCAGCCUGGUGCGCAGCCGAUCGCGCGAGAGCUUCUACAGCGUGCGCCGAGCCUCCUCUGUGGACGACAUCGAGGCCAUGAAGGGCGAUGGAGAGAAGGGCCGCGGGCACAGCCGCCACGCCAGCACAGGUGCCAUGAACAACGCCCGCAGCCACCUGCUCAACUCCACCUCCGACUCGGACCUCAUGCGCUACCGCGCCAUCAGCAAGAUCCCCCAGAUCACCCUCAACUUCGUGGACUUCAAGGCUGAGGCCUUCCUGACCUCUCCCUCCAACGAGAAGGAGAUCAUCGCCUCCAGCAAACUAAAGGAACGCACUCACAACGUCACCGAGAAGGUCACCCAGGUGCUGUCCCUCGGUGCGGACGUCCUCCCGGAGUACAAGCUGCAGGCGCCACGCAUCCACAAGUGGACCAUCCUGCACUACAGCCCCUUCAAGGCGGUGUGGGACUGGCUGAUCCUGCUGCUGGUCAUCUACACGGCCAUCUUCACGCCCUACUCGGCGGCCUUCCUGCUGAACGACCGGGACGAGCCGGCCAGGCGCUCCUGCGGCUACUCCUGCAGCCCGCUCAACGUGGUGGACCUCAUCGUGGACAUCAUGUUCAUCAUCGACAUCCUCAUCAACUUCCGCACCACCUACGUCAACACCAACGAGGAGGUGGUCAGCCACCCGGGGAAGAUCGCCAUCCACUACUUCAAGGGCUGGUUCCUCAUUGACAUGGUGGCCGCCAUCCCCUUCGACCUCCUCAUCUUCGGGUCCGGAUCUGAGGAGACCACCACACUAAUCGGCCUGCUGAAGACGGCACGGCUGCUACGGCUGGUGCGGGUAGCGCGCAAGCUGGACCGCUACUCGGAGUACGGGGCGGCGGUGCUCUUCCUGCUGAUGUGUACUUUUGCGCUGAUAGCGCACUGGCUGGCCUGCAUCUGGUACGCCAUUGGCAACAUGGAGGGCAAGGCCAUCGGCUGGCUGCACUCGCUGGGCAGCCAGAUUGGGAAGCCCUUCAAUGAGUCCACGCCACACCAGGGCCCCACCAUCAAGGACAAGUACAUCACCGCCCUCUACUUCACCUUCAGCAGCCUCACCAGUGUGGGCUUCGGCAACGUCUCCCCCAACACCAACCCCGAGAAGAUCUUCUCCAUCUGCGUCAUGCUCAUCGGAUCGCUCAUGUAUGCCAGCAUCUUUGGGAAUGUCUCGGCCAUCAUCCAGCGGCUCUACUCCGGCACGGCCCGCUACCACACCCAGAUGCUGCGGGUGCGAGAGUUCAUCCGCUUCCACCAGAUCCCCAACCCGCUGCGCCAACGCCUGGAGGAAUACUUCCAGCACGCCUGGUCCUACACCAAUGGCAUCGACAUGAACGCCGUGCUGAAGGGCUUCCCGGAGUGCCUCCAGGCGGACAUCUGCCUGCACCUGAACCGCACCCUCCUGCAGAACUGCCGGCCCUUCAAGGGGGCCACCAAGGGCUGCCUGCGGGCGCUGGCCAUGAAGUUCAAGACCACCCACGCACCCCCCGGGGACACCCUGGUCCACGCCGGAGACGUCCUCACCGCCCUCUACUUCAUCUCCCGGGGCUCCAUCGAGAUCCUGCGCGGAGACGUGGUGGUGGCCAUUCUUGGAAAGAACGACAUCUUUGGGGAGCCCCUCAACCUCUAUGCGCGGCCGGGGAAGUCCAACGCGGACGUGAGGGCCCUGACCUACUGCGACCUGCACAAGAUCCACCGGGAAGACCUGCUGGAGGUGCUGGACAUGUAUCCUGAGUUCUCCGACCACUUCUGGUCCAACCUGGAGAUCACUUUCAAUCUGCGAGACACCAAUAUGAUCCCAGGUUCGCCCAGCAGCGAGGAAAUGAAUGGCGGCUUCAACCGCCUGCGGCGCCGCAAGCUCUCCUUCCGCCGGAGGACUGAGAAAGACGAGGAAAAGACCAAUGAGGGCAAGCCUCCGAAGGCGCUGCUGCUGGGCCAGAACUGCCAGGGGGUCCCUUGUGGGGCCCCCAAGUGGGAGCCCUGCCUGAGUAGCUCCCUGGCCUCCAGCCCCCCCUCCAGUGAUGAGGGGGAAGGGGAGGAAGAGAGUGCCCCCCGCCCCUCCAACGCCGACCUCUCACCCUUUGGCCCCCCUGCGACCCCCAGCGGGCAGCCCCCCUCCCCUGCACCCCCAGCGGAGCACAAGCGAAGCGGAGAGGCCUGCAACCCGCUCUCAGGGGCCUUUUCGGGGGUCUCCAACAUCUUCAGCUUCUGGGGGGAGGGCCGGGGGGGCCGCCAGUACCAGGAGCUGCCCCGCUGCCCGGUCCCCCCACCCGCGCCCCCCACCGCCCUCAACAUCCCUUUGGCCGGAAACAGCCCCCCUGCCCUCCUCGGAGGACCCCCCCACCGGCACCGCUCCGAGCUGGAGGGACGCCUGGACCUGCUCCAGAAGCAGAUCAACAGACUGGAGAGCCGCCUGACCGCGGAUGUGUCGGCCAUCCUGCAGCUGCUGCAACGCCAGGCGGUCCUGGUGCCCCCCGCCUACAGCACAGUCUCAUCUCCACCCCCGCUGCUCCCCUUGGCCCCCGAGGAGCGGCCCCCGACAGCCGGACCCCCACAGGGCCCCCACCUGCCCCCCACUCAGGUCCCGGACUUCCUGCCUGGGCGCCUGGACCCCUCUGCGCUGCCCCCCUGCAGCAGCCAGGACAGUGAUGUUGUGCUGCUGGUGGAACCCCCCCUGGCCCCCCGGCGCCUCUCCCUCCCGGGCCAGCUCCCCCAGGCCGUCCCCCCUCCCUCCUCCUCCUCCUCCUCCUCCUCCUUGGCGGCGGACUUGCACAGACACUGCUCCUCCUCGGACCCCGGCAGCUAAUGCCCCGCUGAGCCUGGCCCCUCGUUGGGGGCGCUCUGGGAGAGAGCCUCUGCCGGCCCCUCUUGGCCCGCCACCUUGUGGGAAGGGUCCCUUCGAGAAGGAAGAGGAGGGCCGCUCCGGCCAUGGCGGAUGAGUGGACUCGAGGGCCGGCCGUUGCCCGCUCGCUCACUCGCUCGGCUGUUGGCUGGCCCGACAGGGGCGGGAAGGGCGUUUGGCCGCCUUGGAGAGCCCUCCGGCCGGCGGACUGGACAGAGAGACCGCUGCUCAUGGACAGACAGGCCGCCUGCCUGCAGGGAGAGCGGUCAUCGUGACGCAUAGCAAAUAAUAAUAAUAAUAAUAAUAAUAAGGUUCCAAUAUGGGUUAGAGUCCCCUUGUGACCCCAGACAUAUCACCCGAGGCCAAAGGGAUCAUUGUUAUUAUUAUCCCGUCUGUGACCCCAAUGCUCCAGACUGGGAGGGGGGGCAUUUUAGAUGGGGAGGGGGGGUCUCCAAUUGUGACCCUGUGUGUUCCCUUGUCUAUGUGUGUGUUGAGGGCGGGGGGGGGGGGUGGUAAUAGAGAUGCCCCUUUGUCUGUGCCCUGGGACAGGUCUGAGCAUAUAUCCCUCUGAAGGGAUAUCUUCUGGAUGGUACGUCUCCCCCUCCCCGUCCCCCUCCCCAAAUUGACCUGCCAUUUCAAGAGACUGUCGUGCCCCUCAAUUGCAGAGGCUGAAGGAGCGGGACCUUUUAUGGGGUCGCUUGAGACCCCCUUUUCCAUGCAGCCACAAUUUGGGUGGGGGGCAUCAAGCCCAGGCCAUGCUCCACCACUGAUGUCUGGAUGCACGUGACAACCCCCCCACCCCGCCCCCGCAUGCUGUACUCUCAGCAUUAGCAAGCAAUGCCUAAUAAUAAACCUGAAGUUGGA